ACUUUGAAGUUUAUGCUUUUUAUUCUCUGCGUUCAAUGGUGUAUAAGUGUUAAAUCGAUAGUGUACAAUUUCUGAAAAAAGUAAACAACUACAAGUUUUAGUUUUGUCAUUGAUGAAAUGUUUAUACUGCAGUUUGUUUAACAAGGCGUUCUAUUACGUCGGCUUUAUGCCUCUUAGACACCGCAGCCGUAGGCAGAUAUUCAGAUUUACUAAUGUAAUACGGCAACAAGACCGGCAAAUUCAUAACUCGGAUAAUAAUAUUAUGGAAGAUAUGCGUAUCAACGCGAAAUUGUCAGAAAGGCUUUCGCCAUUAGUGCGGCCGGAGAAUUACAAACUCGAACUGCGUCCUAACAUGGACGCAGGCGAUUUUACAGGGAGCGUGUGUAUCGAUGUUGUGGUCCGACAAGAAAAGAAUUACAUUAAUCUCCAUUCUAAUUUUCUGAAUAUUGCCAAUGUGAAGGUGUGCAAGGGCGAGGAUGAGGUAACAGUCGCGAAGUUCGUGGAAAUUAAACAGUUGGAGCAACUCUUCAUACAUUUCGAAGGGCCUUUGAGCCCAGGGAAUUAUAAAAUAUUUAUUGAUUUCUCUGGUGACUUAACCCGAAAUAUCGUUGGGCUGUACUCCUCACGAUUACUUGACUCUAGGACUAUGGUGGCGAGUAAAUUCCAGCCAACUUAUGCCCGUCAAGCAUUCCCUUGCUUUGACGAGCCGGACUUCAAGGCUACAUAUGAUAUCACACUGUUUAAACCUAAGUCACACAUUGCUCUGUCCAAUAUGAAUGAAAUAUCAACUGAAUUUGACAGUCAAGCUAAUAUGGAUAAAGUAACUUUUGCAACAAGCGUUCCUAUGUCUACUUAUUUGGCUUGCUUUGUGAUCUGUGAUUUUGAUCAUAAAGUGGCUGAGAUAAACUCUAGUAAUAUUGGGAACAACUUUAUACUCCGCUCGUUUGCACAGAAACAAGAAUUGCAUAAAAUUAAUUUCGCUCUAAGCAUUGGGAAAAGAGCAACAGAGUUUUACAUAAAAUAUUAUGAAGUACCAUUUCCACUGCCGAAGCUAGAUAUGAUUGCCAUUCCUGAUUAUGUUUCUGGCGCAACGGAGCAUUGGGGUCUGAUUACAUACAGGGAGACUUCAUUCCUUGUUGAUGAGGCUAAAGCAUCAGCCAUGAACAAGAUCAAUGUUGCGAAUACCAUCACUCAUGAGCUGGCACACAUGUGGUUUGGUAAUUUGGUUACUAUGAAGUGGUGGGAUGAAGUCUGGCUGAAUGAAGGCUUUGCUUCGUACAUGCAAGUUAAAGCAUUGGACGCUAUUGAGCCAUCUUGGCAAGUAAUGGACCACUUUUUGACGAAAACCUUACAUCCAGUCUUAGCAAAUGACGUGAAACUUUCAAGCCACCCUAUAGUGCAGACUGUUGCUACUCCAGACCAAAUCACUGCUAUUUUUGAUUCAAUCUCGUAUAACAAGGGAGCUUCAAUCCUCAGAAUGUUAGAAAACUUCAUUGGCCCAGAGAAUUUCCGUUUGGGUGUGUCUGACUACUUGAAAAAGUAUAAGUUUGGCAACACAGUUACGCAAGAUCUACUGUCAUGCUUGGAACCUUAUUUCAAGCAAAAAUAUCCUGAUUUGAAUCUCACAUACAUAAUGGAUACUUGGACGCGUCAGAAAGGGUACCCAGUGUUAGAAAUCAAACCUGGAGAUAUGCCUAACACCUACUUCGUAACCCAGACCAGAUUCCUGAUCGAUCCCGAAGCGGAACACGCUAAUGAUUCUAAAUUCAAAUAUCGUUGGUUUGUUCCUAUUACCUAUACUAGCAACACUGGUCCAAGUGAUGAAAUUGUUUGGCUGUCUGAUACUGCUCAGUCAGUGAGUUUGAGAGUGAAAGAUGGCGACGAAUGGGUGAAGUUGAACAGCCAUCAAGUUGGCUAUUAUAGAGUGAACUACUCAAUGGUCAUGUGGCAGACGUUGAUCGAACAACUCAAGUCCAGAGCUAAACACAUCACACCGGCGGACAGAGCCAAUCUGCUGGACGAUGCGUUUGCGCUGGCCGAGGCCCGCAUGCUGCCCUUCCACAUGGCACUCAACAUGAGCACCUACUUACUUGUCGAGAACGAACUCACUCCAUGGGACACUGCUGCUUCUGUGUUCCGAAUGCUGGAGGACAGGCUACAUAAUUCUUUGGCACAUGAUAAUCUUAUGAAAUAUGUGCAACGUAUAGUUCGGCCUAUUUACGUGAAACAAGACUGGGAUGCUGAAAAUCUUCCUGUUCUUGCAAGUUUACUUCGUACAAGAGUCUUAUCGCUAGCUGUGCGUUAUCAGUUACCAGACGCCGAAGAACGUGUCAAGAAAAUGUUCCUCAAUUGGUUACACAAACAUGGCGAGCUUGACCACAAACCCAUACAACAGGAUCUACGGGAACUUGUAUACUUCUAUGGCAUGAAAUCAGCUUCGAUGGCAGAUUGGGAUACUCUCUGGAAGAUAUAUCAAAAGGAAGAGGAUGUUCAAGAGAAGACGAAAUUGCGCAAAGCUUUAGCAGCGCCGCGUGAUACCGCCAUAUUGCGCAAGUUCUUACUAAUGGCUUGGGACGAGACCAACAUUCGUAGCCAGGACUACCUGAACGUGAUCAUAAUGAUCAGCAGCAACCCUUCAGGCACGGCCCUCGUGUGGGACGAGGUGCGGUCGCGUUGGCCCUUCCUCGUUCAACGGUUCACACUCAACAGCCGUUACCUUGGCAACAUGAUACCUGAUAUCACCAGCACCUUCAAUACUGAUCUUAAACUUAAAGAGAUGGAAACCUUUUUCGCUCAAUAUCCUGACGCUGGCGCCGGCGAGGGCGCUCGGCGUCGCGCUUUAGAAACAGUUCGUAACAACAUCCGCUGGAACGUGUACCAUCUGAACGCUGUCACGUCAUGGUUGGUCACCAACCAUAGAGGCUAAGUGCCAAGUAAAACUGACACUAGUAGAUCUUAAGGUGCGUUUCCACUGAAAUUAUAUACGACAUUUCUUACCGACAACUAUGCUAACUAUAUUAAGUUGUCUAGGGUCUUUUCAGUGGAAAUUCACUUUUAAGCACAAACAGAAUAGAAGGCGCUAAGAAGGCGAUGCUUUCACAAUAACUUUUUGCUUUAAAAGACUUCGGCAUUUAUGAAAUUCCAUUAAUAAGAUGCCCUGUCUCCGCUGUACGUCUAUUCUGCGUGGCCUACGCAACAUAACAAUUAAAUAUGACAUGUAAUCAUGAAGGAUUUUGUAUGUGUUUAAUGUGACAACGUUAUGUAAAAAUACUUGUCAGAAUGGGGUAAGUGUUCGUUGCGCAAAGCGCCGUCAAAGGCACUGUACUUUAAUGCGAAAAACCAAAAGAUUGGGUCUACGCAGGUUUUAUUUGUAAGUAUUAUACUCAAUUGUAAGUGUCUAUUUACUCUGUAUUACUUACAUAUCUCUGUGUAGAAACUUUGUUUUAAAUAGUUUUGAUAAAAUUUAGAAGCUCCAUGUAUAAUAUGAGCAUUAACAAAAAUUGUAAAAACAAAAAAAUAUUUUGGUAUAUGAAAGAGUAGCCAAGGGGAUUUAUCUUAUAUGCGAAAUUAAAUAUAACAGGUUUGCGUUAGUUCACAGUUUAUUGGUAAAUUAACAAUUAAAUUAAAGAUAAUUAAAACUUAACACCAGCUUAUUAAAUCGGACUUUUGGUAGUAACUAUUUAACAUUAUAACCUAUGUAUUUAUUUCCUAAGUUUCCUUGUUUGUAUGUCGCAUAAGUUUUGGCUAUAAAAUAAAAAUAUUGUAACGAAA